UACCAGAGAAACAACGGUAGAAAACGAAAGAAAACGAAUGGAGCGAUAGCAAACGCAGUGCACCAAUUUUUUUUUAGUAUGUUGAGCAGGCAUUAAACAACUAUUAAUUAUUAACCAAUUGUCGCUGUCGUAACGGAAACGUAAGAAAAACGCGAAAGCAAAAACAACAAAAUAAAUAAAAUGCACAGGCGGUCGGUGCAUACAACUAUGUGGAGAAGUAUCGAAGCGUAAAAAUCAAAGUCGGCAAUCAGCCAACAUCAACAACAACAGCACCAGCACCACAAAGUCAUCACCAGCCACACAACAGCAUCAGCAACAAUAAUACAACGGAGAAAAGAUAAUAAAACUAAAAGACGGGACAGCAGCAGCUGGGAAACAUUUUCAAUGAGUGUGCGGCCAUAAAAGGAAAACGCGAGCGGGGAGCAGUUGACAACAGCAACAAAAACAAAACACAAAACAACACAGCAAUAGCAACAAAAACAAUCACCGCCUUAGCCUUAGCCUUAGUGGAUACAACGAGAAGUAGGAGACCAAAAGACGACACUACAAACAAAAACAAAAAAAAACAAAAAGAGAAACAAAAUCUUAACUUAAAUUACCGUAUAUUGUUAAAGCAAACCACGCAAAUCAAAGAUGUCCUCGCCCAGUGCUGGUAAACGACGCAUGGACAAUGACGUCAUCAAGCUAAUUGAAUCAAAACACGAGGUCACCAUCCUUGGCGGCCUCAACGAGUUCCAUGUGAAAUUCUUCGGACCCCAGGGCACGCCCUACGAGGGCGGCGUAUGGAAGGUGCGCGUCUAUCUGCCCGACAACUAUCCCUUCAAAUCCCCAAGUAUUGGGUUCGUGAACAAAAUCUAUCAUCCGAACAUUGACGAAUCAUCGGGGACCGUUUGCCUCGAUGUGAUCAAUCAGGCCUGGACAGCGUUGUACGAUCUGUCGAACAUCUUUGAAUCGUUUCUCCCACAGCUGUUGACAUAUCCCAAUCCGGUGGAUCCCCUGAAUCGCGAUGCAGCCGCCCUCUAUCUCCACGAGCCGGCGGAAUAUCAUCGCAAGGUCGCCGACUAUGUCCAACGAUAUGCGACCGAGGAUGCGCUGCGGGCGGCGCAGCAGGAGAGGGAGAGCAGCGACAGUGAGUCGAGCAUGUCGGAUUAUAGUGAGGAUGAGGCCCGAGAUAUGGAGUUAUAAUAUCGGUUUAACUGGAUAACUGUUUAGAUGGAGAGAGGGAGAGAGGAGGAACAAUCAGAUGAUCGCCUAAUUAAUAAUUUCGAAAAUGCAGAUAACAAACAUUAAUUAUGAUAUAUAUACAAUAUAUAUAUAUACAUAUAUAAAGAACGUGAUUCGAUGAUUGCGCAGAUCGUUCAGAUUUGCGCACACAUACUUAUAAAUAAUACACACAGACACACCCACACACACACGCAUAUAUAUAUAGUAUAUCUCUAUAUAUAUGUAUGAUAUGUAUAUGUGCAUGCAUAUAUGCAUAUAUAUUUAUUUAUUAACGUAAGCAACAAAAGUUUGAAACAAUUCUUAGUACUAUAGCAAUUAGUAGCUGAUAACAACAACAACAACAAACAGAUUAAUAAUUUUGAAUUGAAAUCUAACGCAAUUAAAUGGUUCUAAAAUGAAAAAAAUACAAAAAUUACAAAAAAAAUAUAUAGAAAUAUAUAAGAGUACACACACACACACACACCGAUACACACACACACACACACACACAUAAUCAACCCACUUGACGAGGAGAAGAAAACAGAAGAGUUUCGGUCAAAUGCAUUGUUUGUUAUCCUAAUAUUAUGAUUAUUAUUAUUAUGCUUAUGUUAAAAUUAUAUAAUUAUCUAGGCAACUAAAUGAACUGUGUGUUAAUUAAAAAAAAAAAACAAAAAAUGCAAUAACUCACUUUUUACUUUUACUUUUUAAUCUCUUCAUAUUUAUUCCCCCCCUAAAAUUUCACACCUCCAAUUUUUUUUUUUUUUUUUUUUUUUGUUUGUUAAAUAAGUGCGAUGGAACAGAACUAGAAAAGCAAAGUUAAACAAAGUUCAGUUAAUUAAGUAAAGAAAAAUCAAAUUAAUCAUAAUAAUAAUAAAAUAAUAAAAAUAAACGAACACAGAUUUUCAACUAAUUGUAUUUUACCGUGUAGAGUUGUGUAUUCUAAGUAGUUGUGUUCAACUUGAUGAUGAUAAUGAUUUACCGACUUUUUUUGUAUAUAAAAAUAAAGAAUUACCUAUAAUAUAA